CAAAGCAAAGGGGAAAUGUCUCAGCCAAAGGGAGUCAGAGGGAGUAAGAGGAAGCCGGUGCUCAAGCUCUCCAAGGAGGUGUUUGAGCAGCCUCCUCCUGCUGCAAUACCCCCUAGAGACUUGGAUUCGAAGGCUUGUGUGACCAUCGGAGAUAAGAAUUUUGUGGUGAAGGCAGAUGACCUGGAGCAGAUCAGCGAGCUGGGCCGAGGGGCGUAUGGCGUGGUCGACAAGAUGAGACACGUGCCCAGUGGUGUGAUCAUGGCUGUCAAGCGGAUCCGGGCCACAGUGAACACUCAGGAGCAGAAGAGGCUGCUUAUGGACCUCGAUAUCUCAAUGAGGACCGUGGACUGUUUCUACACAGUCACCUUCUACGGAGCACUGUUCAGAGAGGGCGAUGUGUGGAUCUGUAUGGAGCUCAUGGACACCUCUCUGGAUAAGUUCUACAAGCAGGUGAAAGAGAAGGGGAUGACCAUCCUCGAGGACAUCUUGGGCAAGAUGGCCGUCUCGAUAGUAAAAGCUCUGGAGCACCUGCACAGCAAUCUGCAAGUCAUACACAGAGACGUGAAGCCGUCCAACGUGCUGAUCAACACGCAGGGCCAGGUGAAGAUGUGCGACUUCGGGAUCAGCGGAUACCUGGUGGACUCGGUAGCCAAGACGAUGGACGCCGGCUGCAAACCCUACAUGGCGCCGGAGAGGAUUAACCCGGAGACGAAUCAGAAGGGCUACAACGUGAAGUCCGACAUCUGGAGUUUAGGAAUCACGAUGAUUGAGCUGGCCAUCCUGCGCUUCCCGUAUGACUCAUGGGGCACGCCCUUCCAGCAGCUGAAGCAGGUGGUGGAAGAACCAUCGCCCCAGCUUCCUGCCGACCAAUUCUCCCCCGAAUUUGUGGACUUCACCUCCCAGUGCUUAAAGAAGAAUUCCAAAGAGCGGCCAAACUACACAGAACUCAUGCAACAUCCCUUCUUCACUUCCCACGAGGCCAAAGAGACUGACGUGGCGAGUUUUGUUAAAGUCAUCCUGGGGGACUGAACUGCCACAACUGCCACAGGAGGGAGGGAGGACCUCCACACAAAAAAAAACACACAAAAAAAUCUAAAAAAAAAAAAAAACACAAAAAAAGAAAAAGAAAAAAAAAAGCAUCAAUCGCAAUCCCCUUAUUAUCUGCUGGACUCCAUCCUCCCUGCCCUGCCCUGCCCUGCCCUACUCUCCACCCUCUGCUAGCACGGGUGCAGCUGGACGGACGGACAGACAGACGGACACAGAGACAGUGGAGAAGGACAUCCAUCCCGGUGAGGAAGACGAGGCAAGUGAGGAGUCCCCCAGCCCCGCCACCACCACACCACACACCCCACCCCCCACCCCCCAACUCCCAGCCCCCCAAUAAGUCCUCCUCCUCACAUUGCUCGACAGGGGUAAGAGGAAGGACGCGGAUGAAUCAAUUUCAGAGUUUGGAGAUGGCUCAACUGUGUAAUCUGAUUUAAUGCAGCGUGUUUGUAUGCAAAACUCCCCCCUCCCUCCUUCA